AUGACAGAAGCCGCAAAAAUGGGCACAUCGCCUCCGCCGGCAUACAGCCCUCCACAGCCUAGUGGUCCAGGAUUGACAACUACGCCACAACAACCUAAGCCGGUGCCGUAUCGUGGUCAGCCGUACGACCUUCCAGUUUCAGUAAAUCCAUCAACUCCUUCACCACUGCAGCCAGUCAUCAUGCCAAUGAUGGUGCCACAAGCGACUGCACUACCAAUGCCUUAUCCGCCCGCAUCUGACAAGCCAGUCAAUAUCGUUGUGAAUGCAAAUGCAGGCGGUGCCGGUGAUGUGCUUCCUUGUGACUGCAGGAUUUGUUGUUUCUGCAGACGUGGAGUAAUGGAAAGAAAAAAGUUGGUUCCUGUUCUUUUUGCUUCACUUAACGCAGUCCUUUCUUACUUGCAAGUUUUUUCACGAAAACAGUUGAUAAUUCGGCAAAAGGGCAAAGGGAGCAAUUUAUUCGCUUUCAGGAACUGGUGGAGAGUUUUUACGAUAUUAGUUGUAUGCAUGCUUUUCCCACCGGUGUCCUUUUUGUGCUGCUGCUUAUUGUGUACUCGUCUCAUCUACAUAUAUCAGUGUUCCGCUUGUGGUCGUGUUUCUAAGAGGCAGCCCAGGUGA